UGACAGUAAAGAGAUAGUCUAUGUCGGCAAAACAUGUCGGCUGGAUAAAGGAAAAACGUUAAUUAGUUAUAAAAAAAUUCAUUGCUAUAAUUUUGAAAAAAUACAACAAACUUACUAAUUAAUCAAAAUAAAUACUGAAUAUUAUAAAAAUUAUUUGAAAUUAAAAUUUUUAAGUGCAAAGUUAAUGAUUAAAAAUAAUACUAUAUUAUUACACAUCUUUCUUACGUAGUUGUACUCCAGAUAACCGGCCAUAAGAGGCCUUAUGUCAAUCCAGUAUAUUAUCGGUCAGAUCGACCAAGUGCCAACAUGAGGAAACUUUUUUCUAAAAUUGAAAAUACAUCAAAGGAACCUAACAGCUAUUUGGGUAAAAUUUUUGUAGUUGGUCGAUACACGGUUACUGUUGAAGAAGUCCUUGCUGAAGGAGGAUUUGCCAUUGUAUUUUUGGUUAAGGCAUCAAAUAGCAGAUACGCUCUCAAACGUAUGUAUGUUAAUAAUGAACAUGAUCUUAAUGUGUGUAAAAGGGAAAUCCAAAUUGCAAGUAACCUGAGUGGACAUAAAAACAUAAUUGGAUAUAUAGAUAGUAGUAUCACUCAUACUGGUGGUGGGGUCCAUGAGCUUUUACUUCUUAUGCCCUACUGUAAAUCACAUGUCCUUCAAAUGAUGAACAAUAGGUUACAAACUGGUUUUACAGAGUUGGAAGUAUUACAAAUAUUUUGUGAUAUUUGUGAAGCUGUAUCCCGUUUACAUCAUUGUCAAACUCCAAUUAUUCAUAGAGACUUAAAAGUGGAAAAUAUAUUAUGUGCUGAUUCGGGACAGUAUGUUCUUUGUGAUUUUGGAUCAGCUACGGCUAAAGUAUUAAAUCCUACGAUUCAUGGUGUGACUAUAGUAGAAGACGAAAUAAAAAAAUAUACUACUUUAAGCUACAGAGCUCCAGAAAUGGUUGACAUGUAUUGUGGAAAAGCAAUUACUACUAAAGCCGACAUUUGGGCAUUAGGUUGUUUAUUAUAUAAAUUAUGUUUUUUUACACUGCCAUUUGGAGAGAGUACAUUAGCAAUCCAAUCAGGAAACUUUAAUAUUCCGGAAAACUCCAGGUAUAGCAAAGUAUUACAUAAUUUAAUAAGAUAUAUGUUAGAACCAGAUCCAGAUUUACGACCCGAUAUUUUUCAAGUAUCAACAAUUGCAUUCCAAUUAUAUGGAAAAGAAUGUCCAGUACAAAAUUUAAAUAAAGUUCCUACGCCUUCAUUAGAUUCCUUACCGAUUGCUUUCGUAGAGUCAGAAUGUAUAAAGCGUUCAUCAUCAAUUAAAAUCUAUAAAUCAAAUCCAGUAAAUACUGUUGAAGGUACUUCAGUUACUCCUAGACAAAGACCAAAAGGCCAAGGUGUCAGUACAGGACCGAUAAGCUUAAGUGGCCAAAUAGUCAGUCAAAUAUCUGGUCAAGGAAAUCAAAUACAAUCACAGAAUAUUUUGCCAAGUUCUUUAUCAUAUGGACAAGCUAAUCAACCACCAAUUUCUACUAUCAAUACCUCAUUACAACAAUACCUGACACCGGGUAUACAAAAUACAUCUUCAAUUUCAAACAAUCAACCCGUACAAAUUUCAGUGCAAUCAUCAUUCCCUCAAACGUCAUCACACAUUUCUUCUCCGAAUCAAAGUGUUCCUUUUGUGCCUACUCAAACUUCUCCAUUUGGACAAUCCCAAAGUCCGAUGCUUAAUAGUCACACAUGUUUGUCUCAGCAAUCACCUAUUACAGUUCAAGAUAAAAAUAAUUACUAUUACGAAGUAAAACAACAUGAAACAAAAUCAACUUCAUCAGAUGUUAUUGAUGAGAAUCUAGCAGCUUUGUUUCCACCAUCGGGAUAUCCAGAUCCCUUUAAAGAUGAUUCACGAUCAAUGCCACUUUCUAAUAAAUAUUCGUGUCCAGGAAAAUCAGGAUCAACGAAAGUUUUAACAACUCCAACCUGUACCAAUUCUAAUUUAAUACUUAUUCCACCCACACAAUUAUCUUCUAAGUUAAAUAUGUCUAUACCCCAAAAUAAAAUGACGUCAACUGUUCCUUCGCUCAGUACACCGAAACAAACGAAUAAACCAGAAAGUUUAAGUCAAAAUAUCAACGUAAAUGCUUCAUCACCAGAUAGCCCUACUAUGUCAUCAUCAAGGCAUAGAAGGAAUUUUAGUGAUACUAGUGCUUUUAAUAAGGUAUUUGCUGAUGAAACAUCACAAUUUUUAGCACCCUAUGAUACAUCAGUAAGACCACAUUCUGGAGAAAUAACACCACCUGACAUAAAGCCAGAUAAACAAUCAUGUAUUGGUACUAGUGCUUCACAUGUACGUAUUGGUAAACUUUCUAGUAUUUCAAGCGUAGAAAAUCGAUCACUAAGUACAGAUGUAGCAACUUGGAAUCCUUUUGAAGACACUCAGCCAUUUAAUCAAUUAACUGAAGACCAUAUUUUUGGCGCUGAAUUUGAUAAAAUUCGAAGAGGUAGCAAUAGCAGCAUCGGUGGUGUCAAAAGUCGUGAGAGUUUAGUCAUGACUUGUACCGAGUUACCGGAAGAUCCUUUUGAAUCAGCUCCUUUUUCAUUACCCACGAGUAAAAAAUCGAAGCUUGGACCCAAAACUGCUGCAGUUGCUGGAGGGCCAAGGGAUACAGUAGGUGGAAAAUUUAUCAUGGUUCAUUGGAAUCCUAAUAUAAAACUUUCAACUAGUAAUGAUGAUACAUCACUUUUAGUUAAAUGUAAUACGUCUCCAGAUUUUUUUGGUGUCCCAAUUGAAGAUCGUUCAAGAUAUGAGAAACUUACAUAUAAUGCUGAUGAUGGAUCAAGUGAUAGUGAUAAAGAGAUAAUUUAUAAAAAUGAACGUACAAAAAAAAAGCGUAGACGUGUAAAGUCAGUUUUAAUCAAGAAAAAAAAGGAAACUCAACAAAAUUUAAAUGAAGCUUCUGUAGAGUAUACAUCGGAUGAUUCAAUCGGCUCAGCAAGUGAUUUAAAAGCAAUGAAUGAUGAAGAGUGUAAUCCUGAUCGAAAUGAAUGUUAUAAAAUUGAUGAAACUAUUUCAGAAAGUAUUAAAACCUGUAGUAGCUCUGCUUAUCAUGCUGAAUGUGAAUCAGUUAGUACAUAUGAAGAUGAUGAAAAAGUCAAAAGAAUUGAAAAACAUAAAAAUCAAAAUUCCAAUCUAUUGAAAAUUUAUUCAGAUCCUCUUGUAGGUCACCAGUACGGAGAAAAACCACUUCUUUUCGAUGACGAAUUGGAUCCUGAAUUAAAAUUACAAUCUUUCUUUGAAGAUCCAUUUAUAGGACUUCAAUAUGAAUCGAAAUCUAUUUUAUUGAAAAAUGGUAGUUUGUCAGAUGAAGUCGAAAACGUAAAAUUAACGAAGAAUGAUGUCAAUCAAACUGAUGAUGAUGUUUUCGCUUUAGCACCCUUCAUUAAAUCUCUAAACUCUCGAAAAAGUAAUGAAGGUAAUGAUAGUUCAACAAGAAGAUCUACAUCGUCAAAUAUAUCUGAUAUUUCGUCACAGAUUCAUAUUAAUAAAUUAACGUCUGAUUCUUCUGUAACAAAAAUAAGUAAACACCUAUACUUAACAGAUAUAUCAAAAGAUUCUUUUAAAUUUAUAGAUAACAAUUAUAAAUUUAAUUCUACAGCACAUGAUGCAUUCGAUAGUGAAAUUACAUCGGAAAAUAAAGAUAUCUUUGGAUCGCAAUCGCCACAUACCUCUAUUAAAGUUCCAUUUGAAAAUACAAAUCUUAAAAAAGAAAUAGAAACACCAAUGUCAUCGUUUCGUCAUGAACAUUCGUUACAUUCUGGUGAUUCUGGUAUUUUUCAAUUAUUUGAAACAUCGAAUAAUAACUAUACUAAUAUAACUACAACUAAAUAUAAUGAUCAAACUAGUACUUGUCUCAAUAAUACGGCUGAUGAUACCUCCAAAGAUCUUUUUGGAUCAAUUCCUUUCGAAGAAUUUACAGCAUUACGUAUUAAUCAACGUAAAAAUCAACGACCUACAUCAUUACCAUUAUCUCAAUCACCUACUUUUGUCAAUAGUGCUUUGAACUCAAUACUUUCUGUCGAUACUCAUUCUUUAUAUUCUAAUCAACUUCCGUCAUCUAUCAUCCAAGUAUUAGAGCCGCCUCGUUAUCAGGAAAUUCAAAAUAUUCUUCAAACUACAGAUCAUUCAAUGAAUGAUAUCACUCCAUUCAAUGCAUCUUCAAAUAAUUUUCCACCAAUAUCACUUCAGCCUCUAAUGAUAACUGAUCACUUAUUAAAACAGAAAAGAGACAAAAUUAAAUGCAAUAAAUCGAAAUAUCAUCUUAUUAAUGAGAAUAUAAAAGAACCUAUAGAUGCAUUACCUAUCAUUAGAAUGUCUCAUAAAUCUAAGAAUACAAUAUGUAAAAAAUCGCCAAAAAUUAAAAAAAAUUCUGUUGUUACUGCUGGUUUCAGUAACAUGAGUUUUGAAGAUUUUCCUAGUGAUGAAAAUGAUGAAAGUCCUCUCAAUAGUAUUGCUAUUACACCGUUUGAAGUUAUUCGUGAACCUGAAAAACGACUCAAUUCAGUUAAAAGACGAAGUAAUCCAUUCACUUAAAAAAAACUAUUGCCAGCAACUCGUGCAUUGUAUAUUAUGUAAGUUGUGAUAUUUUUAAUGACUACUGUUUUUUAAUAUAUAUUGUAUUGAUCCUUUCAAAGCCUUUACGUUGUUGAAAAAUUUCUUCAUUUAUUGUCAUUAUUGAAUUUGGCCUGAAAAUAAUUAAAUAAUAGAAAUUUUUUAAGACUAUUGCCAUUAAUUUU